AUGGAGAAACUGGAAGCACGAAUCAGAAACCACGAUCGUGAGAUUGAGAAAAUGUGCAACUUCCAUUACCAGGGCUUUGUGGACUCCAUCACGGAGCUGCUGAAAGUUAGAGGAGAAGCUCAAAAACUGAAGAAUCAAGUGACGGACACCAACCGAAAGCUGCAGAAUGAAGGAAAAGAAUUGAUAAUAGCAAUGGAAGAGCUGAAGCAAUGCCGAUUACAACAGAGAAAUAUUUCGGCGACGGUUGAUAAGCUAACACUGUGUCUUCCGGUCCUGGAGAUGUACAGCAAACUCCGAGAGCAAAUGAAAUCUAAAAGACACUACCCUGCUCUCAAGACCCUGGAGCACCUUGAGCACACGUACCUGCCCCAAGUGAGCCACUACCGCUUCUGCAAGAUCAUGGUGGAUAAUAUUCCAAAGCUGCGUGAAGAGAUCAAAGAAGUGUCCAUGUCAGACCUCAAGGAUUUCCUGGAGAGUAUCCGUAAGCACUCUGACAAGAUUGGAGAGACGGCGAUGAAACAGGAUUGCAGAUACAAUCAGUGGAAAAUAAUUGCCAAGAUUUUCUUCAGUCUUCUGCUCUCUCCAAAUAUUAAGGCACAGCAGCAAAGAAACCUGGACAAUAUUGUUUCGCAGCAUCCCAGGAUAAGCGGGGGAAAGAAGUCCAAGAAAGAAGUCUGCGCAAGCUCAGAUCUGGAGGUAAAAAACACUAGCCCCAUGUCUGAGCAGGAUUCGGGUAUCCUGGAUGUUGAAGAUGAGGAUGAGGAUGAAGAGGUGCCUGGGGCCCAGGACCUGGUGGACUUCUCACCGGUGUACCGAUGCCUGCACAUAUACUCUGUCUUGGGUGCCCGAGAAACCUUUGAGAACUACUAUAGGAAGCAGAGAAGAAAACAAGCCAGAUUGGUCCUGCAGCCACCUUCAAACAUGCAUGAAACUUUAGAUGGCUACAGGAAGUAUUUUAAUCAAAUUGUAGGGUUUUUUGUAGUUGAAGAUCACAUCUUGCAUACGACGCAGGGCUUGGUAAAUAGAGCCUAUAUUGAUGAGCUGUGGGAGAUGGCGUUAUCAAAAACGAUUGCGGCACUGAGGACGCAUUCAUCCUACUGCUCAGACCCAAGCCUGGUGUUAGACUUGAAGAACCUCAUCGUCCUCUUUGCCGAUACACUCCAGGGAUACGGCUUCCCGGUGAACCAGCUCUUUGACAUGCUGCUGGAGAUCCAAGACCAGUAUAGUGAAACCCUGCUGAAGAAAUGGUCAGGAGUUUUCAGAAAUAUACUUGAUUCAGAUAACUACAGUCCCAUCCCGGUGACAAAUGAAGAGGUUUAUAAGAAAAUAGUUGGACAGUUCCCAUUCCAGGAUGCAGAACUUGAAAAGCAACCGUUUCCAAAGAAGUUCCCCUUUUCUGAGUUUGUGCCUAAAGUUUACAAUCAGAUUAAGGAAUUCAUCUACGCCUGUCUGAAGUUUUCGGAAGACCUUCAUCUGAGUUCCACCGAAGUUGAUGAUAUGAUUAGAAAAUCUACGAAUCUGCUGCUGACCCGAACGCUGAGCAACUGUUUACAGAAUGUCAUCAAGAGGAAAAACGUCGGGCUGACGGAGCUUGUACAGAUUAUUAUAAAUACAACCCAUUUGGAGAAAUCCUGCAAGUUCCUAGAGGAAUUCAUAACCAAUAUCACUAAUGUACUUCCAGAAACUGUCCACACUACGAAACUCUAUGGGACCACAACCUUCAAGGAUGCCCGCCACGCUGCCGAGGAGGAGAUUUACACUAACCUGAACCAGAAGAUAGACCAGUUCUUGCAGCUGGCGGACUACGACUGGAUGGCCAUGGAGCCGGGCAGCAAGGCCAGCGACUACCUUGUAGAUCUCAUUGGCUUUCUACGCAGCACGUUUGCUGUCUUCACCCACCUCCCGGGGGAUGUAGAUGUCCACUCUACAAUGUCGGGGAAGGUGGCGCAGACGGCGUGCAUGUCGGCGUGCAAGCACCUCUCCACCUCGCUGAUGCAGCUGCUGCUGGAAGCUGAAGUGCGGCAGCUGACGCUGGGCGCCUUGCAGCAGUUCAACCUGGACGUGGAAGAGUGUGAACAGUUUGCCAGAUCCGGCCCAGUGCCUGGGUUCCAAGGGGACACGCUGCAGUUGGCCUUCAUCGACUUGAGACAACUCUUAGAUCUGUUCAUCCAGUGGGACUGGUCGACGUAUUUGGCUGACUACGGGCAACCCACGUGCAAGUAUCUUCGCGUGAACCCGACAACAGCCCUCAUCCUGCUGGAAAAGAUAUCACGAGUGAUGAGAGACACGAGCAGAAAAAACAACGUUUUUGCCCAGUUCCGGAAAAACGAGAGGGACAAGCAGAAGCUGAUAGACACCGUGGCCAAGCAGCUCCGCAGCCUGAUCAACAGCCAUCACUCGUGA